AUGCACAAUCAAGUCCCAGAAAAGCCUGCAAGCGAGGAGCAGGUUGAGUCGGUCGACCAUGACAACAGCUCAGAAGACCUGAGUGGUCGUGCUCGCCUGGCACAGGCAUACGCCGCCAACGAUGCCACCCUCAGCUUCUGGCAGACCAUCAAGCUCUACCACAGAUCCAUCCUAUGGACACUCUACGGCCAGCUUGUGGUCUUCGGCUACGGAAUCGACGGUGUUAUCGCUGCGUUUCUUCUCGGAAUCCCUCGAUUUCGACAAGAUUUCGGAGAAGCGUUCGUGGUCGACGGUGUUCCGGCCUACAUUAUCUCGGCCAACUGGAUAGCCAUAUUCUCCGGCGUGUCUCAACUCACUGCCAUCUUGGGCGCUGUGAUGACCGGCUAUCUCGCAGACAGAUUGGGACGGAAGAUCACCAACGCGAUCUUUUGCGCCAUCUCGAUCGCUGCUGUCGGAGCCCAGGUCGCUGCCAGAGGCUCACUGCCAAUCCUGUGCGUCGGUAAGGGGCUCAAUGGCUUCUCUAUCGGAGCAUGGCUCGUCAUCGGACCUUUGUAUGCUUCAGAGAUAGCUCCUCUGAAGCUGAGAGGUUGGCUAACGGCCGUCACAAACACCAUUCAGUUCUCAGGUGUCCUCCUCUUCACAGGCGUCAUCUAUGUUAUGGGCCCCAUGGACAGCGCCGAUGCCUAUCAGAUCCCAUUCAUGCUUCAGUGGAUCAUUCCUUCAUUUGUGCUCCUGACAAUCUACUUCUGGCCAGAGUCUCCAGUCUACCUGGUCAACACCGCCAAACGCGACAAGGCUAUCCAAUCCCUCCAGGCACUCCAUGGCAGCAACAGCCGCAUCGACCAAGAGGGCAUCCUUGCGCAGAUCGAAGAAACCCUGGACCACGAAAAGUCCGCAUCGACCGCAAAUGCCACAGCGUCUUACGCCGAGUGCUUCAACCGCCACAAUCGGAGCCGCACGCUCAUCAGCAUGUGGAUCUACGCCUGCCAGUACCUCGGCGGCCUGGUCUUCGUGCUCGGCUAUCAAUCAUACUACUACCAGUUGAUCGGUUUCGGCGCGAAGAAGUCCUUCUUCCUCACUAUGCUGAACAACAGCUUCCAAUUUAUCGCGAACAUCUUGUCUUGGUUUCUGAUCAGCGCUCUGGGACGACGGCCGCUGAUCGUUUGGGGUGAACUGUGUGGCACAAUUUGUCUGUUCAUCAUCGGCGGAUGUUCCUUGAUUGGGACGAAUCCGGGGUACCUCGCUACGGUGUCAUUUAUGUUUGUCUGGGCAUUCACCUACCAACUCACCCUAGGCACAGUUGCUUGGACUGUGGUAGCGGAGAUCCCCUCCCUCCGCCUCCGAGCAAAGACCCAGGGUCUGGCCAAUCUCACGCUGUGCUUCUUCCAGUGGGCUGUUGCGUUCGUGUUUCCCUACAUGUUCAACCCCGACGCGGGCAACCUGGGCGGGAAGGUGGGCUUUGUCUUCGGCGCCACGAGCUUGCUCGGCUUCCUCGGGGUGUUCUGGUUCUUGCCGGAGACAAAGAAUCGGACGGCCGAUCAGCUUGAUAAGCUGUAUGCGAGGGAAGUCCCGGCGAGGAAGUUCCACAAGACUGUGCUGAGUGAUGACUGA